CUCUGUCUCUCUCGGCUUACAGUGUACACCUAUCUAUCUUCCACAAGCAUCAGCAGUCUCUCCAUCUCUCUCCGCGAUACUGAGCGCUACUACGGCGCAAAACAUGGCAUCUCUGCGCCCCGAAGAGCCGCUCUCCGCCGGCGCGCACCUCUGCGUCUUUCUGCUGAUCGCCUCGGCCUGGAUGGCACUGCCGGGACCCGUGCGCUGUGACAGCGGGGCUUUAACCCGUCGCGGCGGGGAGGACCGUACGUUUGACACGGGCGGCCGAGACGGAGGCUCCCCGCCGGGCUUACCAAAGGACGGCGACGAGGGAGCCGGCGGAGCGGAGAGCUCGCCCCGCUUCAGGAGAGCGCUGUCCCGGGAAAAACAAAUGUCCCUGCUCAGCAGCUCCUUCGUGCUCAAAGGGGAUGCGACCCACAACCAGGCGAUGGUCCACUGGACAGGAGAGAACAGCAGCGUCAUCCUGAUCCUGACCAAGUAUUACCACGCGGACUCCACCAAGGUACUGGAGAGCUCACUGUGGAGAUCUUCUGACUAUGGCACCACCUACACCAAACUCAACCUAAUGCCAGGGACGACCAUCGUGGUGACCAGCUUUUAUAUCUGCCCGACCAACAAAAAAAAGGUAGUGCUGGUUGGGUCAUCCAUAAAUGAAAGGGAUCAAAUGCUGUUCAUCAGCACAGAUGAAGGUUCUUCCUUCCAGCGACAGUCCAUCUCCUUCACCCCGGACACGCUCAUAUUCCACCCUAAGGAAGAAGACAAGCUCCUGGCCUACUGCAAGGAGGGCAGGCUCUUUGCUUCUACAGACCUGGGCCGCAAGUGGACUUUGCUUCAGGAGCGGGUGACCAAGGACAAAGUUUUCUGGUCAGUAUCUGGUGUGGAUGUGGACCCUGAUCUGGUACACAUGGAAAUGCAGGAUACGAGUGGAGGUUACCUGUAUGUUACCUGUCUCAUCCAGAACUGUUCGGACAAAAUGGUGACGGCUCAGUUUCUUGGCAAAAUCGACCACAACUCGCUGCUAGUGCAGGACGACUACGUUUUUGUCAAGGUCACCACAGGGAAUCGCACCAAGCACUUUGUGUCGUAUCGGCGCAAUGAGUUUGUCCAGAUGAAGUUUCCCAAGUACGCCUUGCCAAAGGAUGUUCAGAUAGUGAGUACGGAUGAUAACCAGGUCUUCCUCGCGCUCCAGGAGUGGUACCAGUCCGACACAUAUAACCUGUACCAGUCCGACCCGCAGGGUGUCUACUACUCCAUCGUCCUGGAAAAUGUGCGCAGCACCAAGCAGCCAGAGGAGAAUGUCCUCAUCGACGUACUGGAGGUGCGUGGAAUCAGAGGAGUCUUCCUGGCCAAUCAGAAGAUCGAUGGCAAAGUGACAACUCUCAUCACCUAUAACAAAGGCCAAAACUGGGAAGCCUUGGCCCCACCUACCACUGACAUGAAUGGCAAGCCCAUCAGCUGCAAAGCGCCCCACUGUCACCUCCAUCUCCACCUCCGCUGGGCAGACAACCCCUACGUGUCCGGGACUGUCCACACCAAAGACUCUGCUCCAGGUCUCAUCAUGGGUGCUGGUAACCUUGGCUCCAAACUAGUAGAGUAUAAGGAAGAGAUGUACAUAACUUCAGACUGCGGGAAGACGUGGAGACAGGUUUUCGAGGAGGAGCAUCACAUCCUGUACCUGGACCAUGGUGGGGUCAUUGUUGCCAUCAAGGACACCUCUAUUCCACUCAAGAUACUCAAAUUUAGUAUUGAUGAAGGACGGACUUGGACGGUUCACAACUUUACCAGCACCUCUGUGUUCGUCGACGGACUCUUAAGUGAGCCAGGAGACGAGACCCUGGUUAUGACUGUGUUUGGCCACAUCAGCUACAGGUCAGACUGGGAGUUAGUCAAAGUGGACUUCAGGCAGUCUUUCCCCCGUCAGUGUACUGAGUCUGACUAUGUGUCCUGGCAGCUCACAGACCUGCAGGGAGAGAAGUGCAUUAUGGGCCAGGAAAGGAGUUUCCGGAAAAGGAAGGACACAGCGUUCUGUAUCAAAGGAAAAAGCUACACAUCAGCUCUCACCACCAAACCCUGCCAAUGCACCGAGCAAGACUUCAACUGUGACUAUGGUUUUGAACGUUCUCACACGGACGGCAAUCACUGCUUUGCUGACUUCUGGCACGAUCUAGAUUCACCACCCGAAGACUGCCAUCUAGGAAAAACCUACGAGUCCAGCACUGGCUACAGGAAGGUGAUAUCUAACAUGUGUGAAGGGGGGCUAAACAAGCAGCAGAGCGCCACACAGCACAACUGCCCUCUGCUGCCUCCUAAAGGACUCCAGGUCAGCAUCAAAGGGCAGAUGUUGGCUGUGGCGCCUGGUGAUGACAUCACAUUUAUUGUCCACCAGGAACAGGGUGACACCAGCAGCACCAAGUACCAGGUGGACCUCGGCGAUGGGGUUCGGGCUAUCUACCAGAACCUAACAGUGACAGAUGAGCCUAUCCAGCAUCGCUACAAAAAUCCAGGCGUUUACAAGGUCACGGUGAAGGCUGAGAACACAGCAGGGCACGACGAGGCCACCAUGUACAUCCAGGUGACAGCCCCUCUACAGGAAGUGCACCUGGAAGUGGCUCCCAUUACUGGAAGAAACCAUGAGGUCAAUCUGACUGCCAUAGUUCUUCCCACUGAGGCAAACCUGUCUGUCUUCUACUGGUGGAUAGGAGACAACCUGCAGCCUACGCUGACUCUGGAGAACAGCCUUCUGACCAGUUUCCCAGAGACAGGAGAGGUUUCAGUCACUGUCCAGGCUUCUAAUGGCCGAUCUAUGGUGCAGGAUACCAGGACAGUUCGAGUCUACGAUAACUUCCAGGUCAUCCGUCUGAGUUUCAGCACGAACCUGGACCGCUUCAACCCAAACAUCCCAGAGUGGAGAGAGGACAUUGGCCAAAUGGUCACUAAAAUACUUACUAAGACCACAGGUGUCCCGCUGGAGUCCCUUCUUACGGUGGUGAAGCCGGGCCUCCCCACUACUGCUGACCUGUACAUCCUCCCACUGUACAGCAAUCCAGCCAAGAGGAGCAUGUUAGUAGAUAAGCGUAUUCCAGCCAUCAUACAAGCCUUAAAUAGCAACAAUGUCACCUUCGUGGUGCGAGGAGGUCUACUAGUGCUGGUGAUGCUAGCUGACCCAAAUGCAGGCUUCUAUGGAGCUGCAAAAGGUCCGGGUGUUUGGGCUCUAGCUGUAAUUAUCCUAAUCAGCAUCUUCGCCACGGGCUCCUUCAUCCUCUACAAGUUCAAAAGUCCUUGGUUUAGGACUGAGGAGGCCUAUCCCCCACUGUUUUUCAGGAAGCUCCCAGGCAGCCGCAAUGUUUACGCUCAGAUGCACAACGAGAAGGAGCAGGAGAUGACCAGCCCCGUCAAUCACAGUGAGGACACCCAGCACAUCAUCCAGGGGGAGGAGUUCAUCGACGACGACCUGGACUCGCAGACUCUAGGUAACGCAGGAGGUAGCCCCGCCUUCCGUUCCCUUGUAAGGACUACUACCACUAACCACUGCUACUAAAACCCAAGCCACUAACAUCUGCAGCUUACACACACCAAGGCAACCAUUCGGGUGUGGUCCUGAGCAUCAACUCCAGAGAACUACACAGUUACCUGACGAGCUGAUGGCCGCCCACGGCAAUGCUAACGAGCUAGCCUAGCCUAGCUGGUUGACGAGCACAGGGACUCCACUCGGACUUCCUCCUCCUCCUCUCUCCUCUCCUUUUUUCUUCUCUUUCUUCCUCUGAUACUUCACCUCCACACCUUGGCCUCCUCAACCCUCAACCUCCAGCUUCGGCGAUUUUCUCGUUUUUCUUUGGGUAUUUUUUUUUGGGGGGGGGGGGGUAGGAUGAAGCUCUUGAUGGCACCAUACCAAGGACAUCUGUGCUGUGAAAAAGAAAAUCAGUUUGUACUCAAAAUUAGCAAGACUGACUGAAAAUGACUGGAAACCAUUGCAGUCAGAUUGUUGGAGAGGCCAUACAGUAGUACUAUGGCCUCUUGGUGACCAAAGACGGGUGUGCCAAAAUGAUUCCCAAGCAUUAAGAUAAAGAAGUCUAAUCAAAGGCAAAACAUUGUUACUCCCCCCCCCCCCCCCCCUCGUUUUAUUUUCUCUUUGCUUCCCAAAAAAAUGGUAGACACUCUCUCUUCACAGGCAAUAAUGGAUGGUAGGAUAUGAUAGCCCUCGUGAAUUUGCAUAUGACAAGUGUACGCAUGCAUACACAAGAGGGCGUAGUUGCACUUUCCUAAAGUCACACUCACAGGUACCUUGGAGCUCUCAGCUUCUUUGGAAUAUACUGUAUGUCCACAAAGCAUUGUUCAUUUUUUCCCCGAAUCUUGUAACCUUUGUUUAUAGCUCACACAUUUACAGAAGUUGUUGUGUGUGGUGUUUAAAAUAAGCACCGCCUUUGUAGGAGCUCAUUUAUCCGUCCCAUGGUGCCUACAGCAGCAGACAAUAAUAUCUGCUUGGUGACGUUACACAUUGUUGGCUUUAUUUAUUUCUUAUAAACAGUAUGCCCCUUCCUCCCCACACUUUCUGGGUCAGAGGUCAAAGCAGACUUGUUCCCCCUGGAGACGAGCCCUGUCAUGGAGGGAAGGUGUAGUUCAAUGUAUUUUACUGUAUCGGCCUAUAUUAGGCAUAGCCCACGGUGAAAUCACGUCUCCUUAUAACGGUUUGGUUUGUUGUAUGUAAAUGUGUAAAUAGAAACAAUCUCCACUUUGUACAUAUUCCCUUUGACAUGUGUGUGUGAGUGUUUUACACUUGUACCAAAAUACACAGCAACUAGUUUUGGAGCCAAUCGUCACUUAAGUUCAAAUAAUUCUCACCGUUUCCAGUUUUGUCGUCGCCAUGACUUGCUUCACAUGCAUCCAUUUUCGAUACUUCCAGUGUAAUCUCAUGAGCAAGGUCAUUUUACGAUAUCCACCGUUAACUGGGAUCAUUUUCUCGUCUUAUAAAGAUACUCACAACUACACCGUGACAACUAUGUAUAAUCGAUAUUUUUGAUACACAGUUUUUCUCUGUACGUGUAAACACUGGUUAUUGUUUCUCUCGCCUAUGGGCUGAAGUGUUUUAGUUUCUUUGUACUGAUGAUGUAAACAGUGCUGUCGACACACACUAAACAGCAGCUGGACAGGUCUACAGACUCUGAAUCAAAAAGGUCCAUGGAUAAAAAGGCCUUUGAGGACUUCCAAUGCUACCAUUACCACCCAGAUCACAUUUGCCUUGUAUUUGAUACAGCCAGCAGCUCACAUUCACUCAUCUUGAUUCACACCUUGACUUAUCUUUUGUAGAUAUUCUGCUCAUGUUUAACUUGUUCUUAGUUUUUUCUAGUGAUGUGUCGUCAUGUAUCAGUGCCCCUAACCUUAACAAAAUGGGGAAAGUAGGACAUUUGAUAUUCCAAUAUAAUAAUAAUGGAGUUUCACACCUGAUGGCACAACCAUGUAAUUUCAACCGCACCAAUUUUCUUUUAUUAUUUUUCCUCUUUCUGCAGGGUUUGUUUGAUUUUGCUUUUAAAAACAAUUGCGUGUCCUCAACAGGACGCACAUUGCACAUAAACCUGCAUCCUGGAAUAAAUCACUCCCACAACUUGUUAA